AGUAAGUAUCUACUAUUGUUAUUUCCACACCAGUUAUCACCACCUACAAGGAACCCAUCUCUGGUUGGAUCGAUAACAUGUAUGGCCCUUGCGGCAUAAUUGUUGGCAUCGGUUCCGGUGUGUUGCGCGUCUUCAGCGGGAAGGUCGACAACAAAGCCAAUAUAGUGCCAGUGGAUUUGUCGGUAAAUGCGUUGCUGGCCAGUGCUUGGGAUAUAGCGCGCAAUACCUAUGAUACACCACCCAUCUACAACUAUGUGCCAGAUGCCGACAACAUGGUCACCUGGAAGGAGUAUAUGGAAUAUGGCUUCGAAUAUGGCUGCAAUAUACCGAUGCGCAAGUCAAUUUGGUAUCCACGUUUCACAAUUGUUCCCUGGCGUUGGCAAUUUGUGAUUUUGUCCUUUUUAUAUCACACAGUGCCAGCCAUGUUCAUGGAUCUGUCCAUGAUUGUCGUGGGCAAGAAGCCUAGAAUGUUGAAAAUAUAUCGGAAAAUACAUAAAUUCUGCUCUGUGAUGGAAUAUUUCAGUUCAAAUGAUUUCAAAUUCGAUAAUGAUAAUGUGCGUGCGUUGUCGGAGAAACUCGAAGGUGCAGAUAAACAGAUAUUUGGCUUUGAUAUGCGUCAUCUCGAUUGGAAGGAAUUGUUCCGGGUCAGCUUAGUGGGAUUACGUCUUUAUGUUGUGAAGGAUGACCCCCGAAGUGUGCCAGAGUCGAUAAAGCGUCAUGAGCGUCUCAAAGUGCUGCAUUACACAACGCUCUUCAUUAUCUAUUCACUGGUGUUAGCGCUGUUUUAUAAAAUAUUCAGCUUUUUUUAUUUUUAGUACUCCAUACAUGUAUGUAGUUUAUAAAUUUUUCAGAAUAAAAAAGUUUUAAAAUGUUUACACAGUGUACAAACUACAAACCGAACCGAAUAUAAAAAAAAUUAAUUUUAUACCAAAAGUUUCUAUUAAAAAAUAUGCAAGUGAGAACAAAACAUUCCUACAUGUGUAAGUAGUAACAACAAUGCAAUUUUUAUACCAACUUAGUUUAGAUAUUUUUUGUAAUAUGCUAAUUGU